AUGGAGGACUCACAUUUCCACCCCUCCGCCGUGCCCUCAGCACCUUAUACUCGUCGAGCUCCCAGCCCGCCAUUCAUUCAUAUUCCUGCCACGGGACAAUGCGGAGCUAUCGAGGUCCCAAAUCUCAUGCCUUCAUACGAAAACGUCGACCCGAGUCAGUUGACUGCCCAGGACGUGGAAAUCAUCACCCGCAACAUGAAGCAGAUCGCGACCGACCGCUCUGCAGACUGGUCUUACGAGCAGCGCCGUGAAGCACAGUGUCUGGUCGACUUUCUGUAUCUCGGUCCCAACAGUGUCGCCAAGGAUCACGACUGGCUUAAACGCGAAGGUAUCACCAUGUUUCUAGUCGCCAGGGACUCUCGCAUGAGUGGCACCAAGCUCAAUGGCGUUGAAAAGGCGGCUCAAGCUUUAGGAAUUGCCCUGCAGUAUGUCGACCUAGAAGGAUACGACAAGUUGAUUACGUCCUUUUCAGUCGUCAUACGCGCCAUCAACGACCAUCUUCUCUCUAUUUACCAUCGUCAGGCCAAAGAGAUCAACCCAGACGGCUCUAUGAAGGUCGACCCUAGCAACUUUCACCGUGGCAAAGUACUCAUUACUUGCGAAACUGGUAACGACCGCUCAGCAGCACUUGCCGCAGCCUACAUCAUGGCGGUUUUCGGAAAGGACAUGAUCGCCGCAGUUCAAUUCAUCAGCAUCCAACGGUUCUGCUGUACUUUUGAUGAGGAUAUCAAGCGAAAACUCCAAAGCUGGGAGGACAUUCUACGUGCACGGUCUCAGGUCGCCUCUCACGCCACCACACCCCAAAACGCAAUGCAUACGAAGCGACAUAUCGAGGAUUGCUCCAACGAAGAGGACUCUGAUGUAAGGGAUAGCUUCACAUUGGACCAUGAUCGAUUUGAGGGACGUGGGGCCUUUGUCCCGUUUGUGGAUAUGUAG